AUGAACGCCCUUACACGGAGAGGUCGAGGUCUUUUGGUGGCAUUCGAAGGUUGUGAUCGAAGCGGGAAAUCAACACAAUGUCAGAUGCUCGUGGACUACUUGAAGUCUACUGGGCGAGAUGUGGCACACUUGUGCUUUCCAGGUGAAUUAAUGUAGAGAUCUAAAUAAUCAUAGCAUUAAUUAGAGAUCGGGUCAUAUCAGCUCUUGUAGUCAAUCCUUUUCCACUGUACAAUAUGCAUUUUUUAAAGUCUAAUAACUGUAUGUCCCUUUUCUCCUCGGCCUUCCCACCCCUCGAUGGCAGUAAUCUUUUUUUUUUUUUUCGAUGGUAGUAUGAUGCUGCUGAAAGCGUUUUUCAUCUGCUAUUUCAGCAGACAAGAGUUGAAAUAAUUAGGGCUUUCAUGAUAAAGUAAUGAAACUUGGCAUACUUGCACAUUAAAGUAUCAUAAUCUGGGCUAUCUGGCUUUUGGACCAGUUUACUCUGUUGGACCAGAAACCAGGGAAGGCCCUGAUUCAGUCAAUCUGAAAUCUACAUACUUUUAGAGUUCUUUGUACCUGUGAAUUUUUUCCUUUGAUCAUUUCACCCUGUUAUACAUGUAUUUCCUCUUGUUAACCACAGACAGCUUAACCGCUCAAUGCUCACCAUUCACAUCGUAUUCACGUAGUUAGUGGAGGAGAAUGAAAGGAAGCAAAGAUCAAAGACAAAAACAAUAGUACUGUAGCUGAUGUUGAGGCUCCCUGACAGUGCACAAUCCUUUGUUUUCUGUUCACAAAUUUUGGUCAAUAAGAUCAAAAUAAUAGGAAUGCUAUUGCACUUUGUGUGCCAUCAGGUUCACCAAGACAUAGAACAAGGGAGUCUGAUGGGCUUCAUUACCAUUCUACUUUAUUAACUAUGCCAUUCAGUCCAUUCACGACUUAACCUGCAAUCAGGCAUCCUUUCCUUGUUCUUUGCAUGUUCUUUGUUGCCUUUUGCCAAUGUUUUCCUCCGAAAAGAAAAAAAGAGUGCCUGAUCGCAGGUUAUUCACAACCACUCAUUAACCCGCUUUGUCCUGGUGGUACUCCUGGAAUAUGUGUGUGGGGUAGGGGACCAAAAUAUGUAGUUUUUCCCUACCCUGUUUCUACCUUGCAAGCAGAGGAUUGCAGGGUAGAAAAGACGUGGCGUGUGAAAAGAAGCCUCUCCUGUCAAACAUCCAUUUCUGUCGAGCAAUAAUUUAGACAAAUAAAUUAAAAAUAAUGAUUGGUAUCUAAACCAGCUCUAGACUGGUUUGGCAAUUGCAUCAGCUUGAUCUGCUGUCAUGUCAAGUUUACCGGGUACUCAAUGGGUAAAGCACUGAGCGUGUUUUUAAUAAAAAUGUGCCAUGGUAUCUGUCAUUAUGCCCAGAAACUGAGUGAAGAAACUUUCGCAUGUACGAUACAAAAUGAGAUGGUUGUUGGCAGAGAUUACUUUUGCAUGCCAGUUUAUAUUGUGAAAAAGUAGCCACCGCUCGCAGGGUGCCUUGUUUGAGAACUGAACUAUUGUUUUGAAGAGACGAAUGACCUAAAAAAAUACCUUACUCCAUACCUUGGUUCCAGAAAGCGCAAAACCUUAUCUUAUCUACUCGUAAAGAGUCAAAAACCAUAACCUUUUGGGCCUAUAUAAAUUAUUUAAAGGAGUGCCCCCUCCCCCUCCCCAUUUCCUUCAAGACACUUUGCUUGUAAAUAUCUGAUAAAAGAAUGCACCUCAAUAUUUGAACAUGUCCUAGGCCAGGUUCUCUAUUUUCUUUUAGACAGAACAACAAGCAUAGGAAAGUCCAUUAAUUCAUAUCUUCAAGGAACAACGGAGUUAGAGGAUCAUGCGAUCCACUUGCUAUUUUCUGCAAACAGAUGGGAGGCUGUGUGAGUAAUUUUUAAUUAUUGAAUGUUAUUUUAUGUUAAUGGCUUAAAAAAUACACCAAUGCACCAAGUGAAUAGUUGAGUUCAGCUUGUGGGAAUUCUUAAGAACACAGGAGAAGUGCCAGAGAAGCACAAUAUUGAUGUUGAAUGGAACCAAUGGUUAUUUUUGGGAUUAGCGUCCUUCCCUACCCCUGGAAUGUCCAAACAGUGUGAUCAAUAAAAAAUACAAAUUCCUGCCAAUAAAAGCUUGCCUUAGAAUUUCUUUACAGGUCUACAUUUUUUUUGCAUGAAGUGACAGUCAAUUUUUUUCCAAGGCACCUUUUGUUAGGUGUUUAUUCAUGUUAACAAAUCUGUUAAUUUUUCUAGGCCAAAAAUAAAGGAGCUUAUUGAAAAAGGAACUUUGGUGAUAAUGGAUCGUUAUGCUUUUUCUGGAGUUGCUUUCACAGCUGCCAAGAAGGUUUGCAUGAAAAAUUGUUUUUUAAUGAUAUUUAACCAUUGUUAUUAUUAUUAUGUAUGGUUUACUGAUGUUUGUACUUGGUGGCAGCAAAACAUGAUUCAAAGCAAAAUUUGGGCUGCUUUGCAACGAGAAAUUAUUAAUAAACACUGUGUUUUGUUUAAAUCAGGAAUAGCAUAAAGCUAGGGUAUAAUCGUGAUCAACAAAAUUAUACUCGAUGGACAAUGUAUGACAGUGUAUGGGUAAAUCAACCUGAUACGUACAUGUAUGUUGAAUGCUUUAACAGCUCAAAAUAACAUAAUGAGUAAAUUAAUUUACAAGGGAUGUUCCAUCGAGAUGCAUUAGGUGAUUAUUACGAUGUUGCUGGGGCCGAUGGUGGCGGAAAUGAUGUUGAUAUUGAAGAUUCUUAUUCUAGUCUGUGCUGAUGAUGUUUUUCAUUUCUUCAUUUUCUACUUAUGACAGUCUUCCUCCCCUUCAAAAGAAUAAUUUUUUUAAUCAUCUUUUUAUUUGGGAUUUGAGCCAAUCACAAAGGGAGAGAUACCAUAAAAUUCUGAAAAUAAGCCCCUCCAUGUAUAAGCCCCUCCAAAUAUAAGCCCCCCAAAACUUGUAAUGCAAAAAACCCUCCGUUAAAUCGCCCCUUCAAAUAUAAGCCCCCCGGGGGCUUGUACUUGGAAAACUGCCCUCAAAUACAAAGUAAAACAAAGAAAAACGGUAAAUUUCCUACCAAGAAUAAGGCUAGCCCAAUCGAUUUUAAAUGCAAAUUUCCCUCUGUACAUAAGCCCCUCCAAAUAUAGGCGACUCCAAAAAUAAGCUCCUCAAAAAGGGCCUUUGAAAAAUAUAAGCCCUAGAUAAAAAUGCUAUUACUAUUAUUAUUAUUAUGGAAACUAAUAUCAAUAUGGAUGAUGUUUUCCAUUCCUUCAUUAGUCCAAAUGUUCUGUCUGCUUUUUAAAAGUUUUAGAAAAUUAAGGGUUGCUUAUUUGAAUGAAGUCUAACUUACACCAGGUUGUGAGUACCUUUCUAGUGUAUGUUUUAUACUUUCAUGAAACUGUUCAUGAGAAACGGUGAUUAGAUAAAAGUGUCGGGCAAAGUGAAAAUGUCUUAGAACACGGUUUUGUUAAACACUCUUUAAACUCUGUUUAAGUAACAGGUACUAAAUGUCUUGAAAACCUUUUCUAGGGUUUUGAUGUGAAAUGGUGUAAAAAUCCUGACAGAGGUUUGCCAAGUCCUGAUGUGGUAUUUUAUUUAGACAUUUCAAUUAAAGAUGCAGAAAUGAGAGGCCAGUUUGGUGAAGAGAGGUAUGAAAAGGCGGAGUUUCAACAACGAGUUGCCGAUAUCUACAAACAACUUAGGAGUGAUGAUUGGAAGGUAAAUAAUUAUAUUGUUUGUUCUUAAAAAUGAAACAACAACAACAGCAACAACAAAUUUAUUUAACUACUCAAGACACACAACAAAAGCUGAUUUUCAGGUCGGGCGUAGGCAAACGCAUAUUACAAAGACCUACAAAAAAUAAAAGCAAUAUGGUGUUCACUAUCUGAAUGCAAAAUGUUACAAAAUUUUAGAGAAUAAUCAGUUACAUAAAAAUUUAUUCUUUACAGCUAGUUUUACAAUAUAUUAUGUUGGUGGGAGGUUUUGGAGAAUAAUUUACAUAAAAAUUAAAAUAUUUACACAUACAAAGUAAGAAAUCAUAGCAAAAAUUAAUCCAGCAGAAGGCAAAGGGGCAAGUUUGCUUUUAAUUUCUGAAAGUGAUUGUGCUGUUUUUGCUUUUAUAAGAAAUGUUGUUCCAGAGCAUACCACAAUAUUUAAAACUACGUUUUAGAAAAGAUUCAUUGACAUCCAAAUAUUAUUGUACAUGACCUUUUAUCAUUUUUUCAUCGUCUUUAAUCUUAAUAAAAAUGUCACCUUCCAAUUUCAAAAUGAUGAUGACCAAAAACACAGCUUUUAUGUCACCGGUUUUUUUCCCAUUAUUCACAAUUUGCGAUUCUUGGAGCUCCCUUCAUUAGCAAAAAGCACUGAAGGUGGCAUUGAGGUACCCAUCAUCCUCCUGAACAAAAUAGUCUGAGCUGAUAACAGCCAAGCAAGGCAAACACAGCAUUUUGUGUGAAGCGGGAGGUGAGGGGAGGAGAAAAAUAAAGCGCCUGUUAGCAGUCCAUUGUUCUGGCUUUUCCCACGUUCGCUAUAUGAUGCAAUAUUCUGGCAUGUUUGUCUGGAACAAAGUAACCGUCAUGCAAUCAUGUUCUUUUGACAAUGCUGUUCGAGAAGCCUUUCGUUUAUUUCCAAAUGUUCCAGAAUAAAAAAAGAAAAACAAAAGAAAUGUUUAAAGAUGUUCUUGGAUUGCGUCCAACUAGGUUAGAAGAAACCCUGAUUUACUAACUUUUUUAAAUUUAGUGUUGACAGGCCAAACAUGACUCAUAAGCUCAUGACCUUGGAAUUUGUUUGAAAAACAUGUUUUCCCUCUUUCCUUCUCGCUGCUGUGUUUGGACAUAACUAAACUUUGACGUAGCAAGUGUUACUUUUGCCGCACUGAGUCUUACAUUAUUGAAGGUGAUUUUGCCCUCCCACUUAUUUCCUGUGUUUUAUGCUGUUAUCGGUGUUUCUGGUGUACCUCAGGGUUCUGUGUUGGGCCCCUUGCUGUAUUCUUUGUACACUUCCCCCUUAGGUGAUAUCGCGAGAUCUCAUGGUCUAUCUUAUCACUUUUAUGCUGAUGAUACACAGCUAUAUUUAUAUUUUGAAACGUCAUCGCCUGAGGAUUUGUCAACAUGUACAUCUGCCCUUGAAGAUUGUGUUAAUGAUAUUGACCUUUGGAUGUUAAAUAACAAGCUAAAGCUGAACAGUACAGUGGGAAGACUGAAAUUAUAGUUUUUUCAUCCUCCUAUCGCCCACGUCCUGCGUUAAAAAACCUGGUGAUUGCCUCUGACACUGUUGACUGUUCAACUACUGCUAAAAAUAUUGUGGUUAUUUUUAAUAACUCUCUAUCGAUGUUGCCGCACGUUACUGCUGUUUGCAAGUCUUCGUUUUUUCAUUUACGCAAUAUUUUUAAGAUUCGCAAGUUUCUUUCUUACGAUACAUGUAAAACUCUAAUUCAUGCCUUUGUUACUGCAAGGAUUGACUAUUGUAACUCAUUGCUCUACAGUCAGCCUAAAUGUAUCCUGAAACAUUUACAGAGUGUCCUAAAUAGUGCUGCUAGGCUUAUUCACCUUACUAGUAGAUAUGAGCAUGUUACGCCAAUGCUUAUUCAACUUCAUUGGCUACCAAUUGAACAAAGGAUAACUUUCAAAAUUGCAGUAAUUACAUUUAAGGCGCUUCAUGGUGCUGCACCUAGCUAUAUCACUGAUCUGAUCAAGCCUUAUACACCUGGUAGACUUCUUAGAUCCUCCAAUCAAUUUUUACUUUCUACAUCUAAAUUUAAUCUUAAAACUUAUGGUGGCCGGUCUUUUACUAUUGCUGCACCUUCUGUUUGGAAUGCACUUCCAUUCGAACUUAGAUCUUGUAAUUCCCUUUCUUCUUUUAAUUCUAAGCUCAAGACUUGGCUUUUUAAAAUUGGUCAUGAUGUUGUCGUAUAGAAUGAUGAUGUUUUUAUAGGGUGAAAAUGUAGUUUUGUAGUUUUGUAGGUUUAGGAUUUUGUUGUUAUUUUUGUUAUGUAAAGUGCUUUUGGACCAUUGGGAAUUUUUAUAGAAUGACAAUGUAGUUUUGUAGGUUUAGGAUUUUGUUGUUAUUUUUAUUAUGUAAAGCGCUUUUGGACCAUUGGGAAUUAGCGCUCUAUAAAUACUGUAUAUUAUUAUUAUUAUUAUUAUUAAAGGUGACAAUUUUUGAACAAUGGAUCGUGUUUUGAUUGGUCCUUUUGCUAUCACCACCAUCAGUCAAUACUUGUGGGCGUAGGUGGGCAGAAGAGCCAGAACAAUGGACUGGUAACAGGCGCUUUAUUUUUCUCCUCCCUCAGCUCAUGCUUCACACUUGUUUCGCGCUUUGCACAAAAUGCUGCAUUCACCUCGCUUGGCUCCUCAAGCAUCUGUUAUGCAGGCUAGAGCUGUGAUGAACAUGAAUGAAAACAACCAUCUAAUGUAAACUGUGAUACCAUAAUUAAAUUCAUAGUGUUUCUUUACAGUAUUAUUUUAAACUAAAGAACAUUUUAAGAUGAUCGACAUUUUCAUGUGUAAAGGAGUUUAGGAAAAAAACAUGUUUUACACAGGAAACAUAACAUUUUUUAUAUGUGACUCUGUUGAACUCAUAAUCUAACAUAAAGUUAUGACUGAAGAGAGUUGGAAAAGAAUCACAAACUUUUGGUCAGUCAGGUGAUCUCAGAUAAUUCAGAGCUGGAAAAUUGAGAAUGCAGACUCUGGUGAGGGUUGUUGCAAUGCAUCAUUGUAUUUCUACAGUCGUAACAGAGCAUCCAACUAGUGUUUGGAGGGUCGUAGGUUCAUUUCUGAGCUGGAGCUCAGAAGUUUUUGCUGAGUUCUUCUUUCCAUAAAUAUCUUCUUUUUUAUCAUUGAAUAAAUUUUGUGGCAUUGAUUAUGCAGGUGUUAGAUGCAAUGCGGGAUAAGAAUGAUAUUCAUAUGGAGAUUCGCAGUACUUUACUUGAAAUGGAGGAACUUUGCAGAGAUGCCCCCUUGAAAAAUCUUUGGACAAAUAAUAGUUGAAGACAAGACUAUUGCAAUCUAGAAAAUCAAUUCAAGCUUUUCAAGUGAAAGUCUCGGGAAGGUAGGGCAGUAGUAAUGUAACAAAAGACUUGAAGUGUGCAAACUGGGAAAUUUGAAAAAUGGGCACCUUCUUUGAGGGUUGAUCUGACUCUCGUCACUUUGAAUUACUAACUUUUUAUGUUCUAUUUAUACUAUGGUACAAUUUAUUCAUGGCUGGCACCAGUGAAUUGUGAAUUGUUAAGAGAUUAUUGCCUUG